AUGAGAAGAACAAGAUUUCAGAUUCCUCCAUUCUCGAUUCGGAUCCUCGAUCAUGGAAGCUCCACCGAUAACAAGUCAUUCCAAGACAGCCCUGACCAGCUCUCGUCUCUCUUGCCUGCGUUACACCGCGGAGAGCUCGGUAACUUGGUACCUGCAGCUCACAACAUUUCUGCCUGCGUUGAGAAAGAGCUCAAUUUAGACAGACUCGCCCGUGUUCAAAAGUGGCUCUGGAUAGCUGGUUUACCUUUACCGCCACGCGCACUACACCAUCAGCUCUUGUUAGGCCGGCAAAUAUGCAUCACAGAGCAGAUGGACAUGCAUCUAGUAUGGAUGACGGGCCGGAUUUUCCUCAAACCCCUCCCACGCUUUCUCUUAAAUUCGGAAUUCUGGGUUGAAUAUCUCAGUUGUGAGCCGCAGUGCAAAUGCUCUAUCGAAGGGGAAGGAUUUGCUGUCACUCAACAAGAAUGCAAACGUAGAGUACUUCGACGACGAGCGCUUGGCUUCCUCUUCUCUUACGCUGCACUGCUCUCUCAUGAGAGCGAUUUCUUCAUCGCCAAAGACAAACAUCUGCUGCCCAAAGAGGUAGAAUGGCCCGCCUGGCGUAUACUCGUCGAUCAGCUAGAUACGCAAAAUAUAUACCCCUACAUUGACCACCGCUUCAUCCACGGCGAGUUACGCUUGAGUCGCUUAAACAAGAUAUACGCUCUUUACCAAACACCUCUGCGCGGAUAUAUGGCUCGAUGGAAUCAGUAUAGUGCUUUCUUCCACGACCACUUUACUUGGCUAGCUAGCGGAACCCUUUACAUUGCUGUCGUAUUGAGUGCCAUGCAGGUUGGGCUUGCGACCAACGCCCUGGAACACAACAAGGCAUUUCAAUCUGCGUCUUAUGGCUUCACUGUGUUCUCCAUAUUCGGACCUCUAAUCACCGCCUUUAUCAUUCUACUUCUUUUCAUUUGUGCUUUUCUAUUCAAUUGGGCAAAGGCGCAUAAUCAAAAGAAAGUCCGCUACUCUGAGCUGUAUCUCUUGGGCAAUCCGUAG